AUGCCGAAGACCAUUCGAACAGCGAAGAGGAAGGCCACUAAGCCAGACCAAGAAGAGGAACCUGUGCCGGGCAAGCUUUCAUCAACGUCGUCGACUGAG